AUGGUGGUGCGUGUGGCUCUUCCUCCAAGCCGGCGGUGCGUGUGGCUCUUCCUCCAAGCCAGCGGUGCGCGCGCGGCCCUCUAUCUAUGGGCGGUGGCGCGCGGGCCUCGCCCACUCCCUGCAGCGGUGCGUGGGCCCUGCCGCCCUUCCGACGCCGUUACCCGCCUUGCCGCACCUCGAUCCGGGAGGCAGGAUGCCGAGUUAGCUGAGAAGCAACGCAAUCCGGCUGUGGGACAGCAGCAUGUUCAUCAGGUUUCGACGGAGCAACCGGCGACCUCGUGGAUCCACAACUGCGGCCGGAGCAGGCGCCGUCUCGUGUCAUACGAGCAACCUAGCAACCAGGUGCCCUGCAACCAUGCUGUCAACAACUGUCCUAGGGCGUUCCGGGUGCUAUGGAGGGCAGAGUCGCUUGCGGAGGCGGGGAGCUCGGAUUGGGAAUGCAGGCUGCCGUCCACGGGAGAUCGGGUGCACAAUCUAAAAAGAUCCAAAUUGGCCCCUUUAUUGCACAGUCAGGACUUGCAUUUGUAUAUAUUCCCGUUCUAA